GGGGGCGCCGGGGCCGGGGCCGAGUCCGGAUCCCGGGCCAGACAUGCCCCGCUCGGGCGGCCGGGCUCGCCCAGGACCAUGACGGCGGCGGCCAACUGGGUGGCGAACGGGGCCAGCCUGGAGGACUGCCACUCCAACCUCUUCUCCCUGGCUGAACUCACGGGAAUCAAAUGGCGUAGGUACGAUUUUGGCGGGCACGGGGAGUGCGGCCCCAUCAUUUCGGCCCCAGCCCAGGACGACCCCAUCCUGUUAAGUUUCAUUCGCUGCUUGCAAGCCAAUCUGCUCUGCGUCUGGCGCCGUGAUGUCAAACCGGAUUGCAGAGAACUGUGGAUAUUCUGGUGGGGUGACGAGCCGAACCUGGUCGAUGUGAUACAUCAGGAGCUGCACGUGGUGGAAGAAGGACUGUGGGAGAAUGGUCUUUCCUACGAAUGCAGGACCCUCCUCUUCAAAGCCAUCCACAAUUUACUGGAAAGGUGCCUGAUGGACAAGAACUUCGUCCGGAUCGGAAAGUGGUUCGUGCGGCCCUACGAGAAGGAUGAGAAGCCGGUCAACAGAAGCGAGCACCUGUCCUGCGCCUUCACCUUCUUCCUCCACGGCGAGAGCAACGUGUGCACCAGUGUGGAGAUCGCCCAGCACCAGCCCCUCUACCUGCUCAACCAGGACCACCUCCACACGGCCCAGGCCUCGCCGGCUCCCUUCCCAGUGCUCCUGAGCCCGUACGGCUUAAACGGCACCCUGACGGGCCAGGCCUACAAGAUGGCCGACCCGGCCACCCGUAAGCUGAUGGAGGACUGGCAGCAUUUCUACCCCACGGUGCUCAAGAAGAAGGAAGAACCCAAGGAGGACCAGGACCUGGGCUACGACGAUGAUCUCCCCGUGGCCGUGGAAGUAAUUGUCGGCGGCGUCCGGAUGGUCUACCCUUCGGCCCUCGUGCUCGUCUCUCAGAACGACGUCCCCGUGGCGGCCGGCGGCCCCGGCGGCCCCGGCCAGCAGGGCCUCGGAAGCGGGAAGGACCCCGGCUCUUGCGGGAUGCCGCUCACGCCGCCCACCUCUCCGGAGCAGGCCGUCGUGGGUGACGGUGGAGGUGCUCAGAGUGCUUUUGGCCACUUCCCCGCCCAGGACGGGAUGAUCACUAAGCACAGCCCAAAGAGACUGGGGAAGACCCCUCCCAAGCUCCACAAUCACAUGGUCCAUAGAGUUUGGAAGGAGUGCAUCCUCAAUAGAACACAACCCAAGAGGAGUCAGCUGGCUACUCCAAACCUCGAGGAGGAGUCUUCUCAUAACCCGGCCUCUUGGGAUUUUGCGGAUCCGAUACAGAGAGUCAGCUGUUCUUGUUCCAGGCACAAGCCUUUCAAACAACGCUGUGCGUCCGGGCCGGCCCGACCCCCCACGAUAGCGCAGCCGGGGUUCGCCGGGGGCUCCUCGGCCUCGUUGCCGCCUCCCGCCUCCUCGAAGCACAAAACGGCGGAACGACCGGAGAAGGGAGACAAACCGCAGAAGCGGCCGACGAUGCCCUUUCACCACCGGCCCUCGGUGGCCGAAGAGCUGUGCGUGGACCAGGACCCCGCGGGGCAGAAGCUGAGCCUGGCGGCCAUCGACUCCUCCCCGGAAGUCGCCGACGGUCGGAAAUUCGAGAAGCAGAUGGCCCUGACGUCCAGAAACCCCGGCAAGCCGAUGAAUCUGAAUCCCAUGGAUUCUCCUCACUCCCCCAUCUCCCCCCUGCCCCCGACCCUCAGCCCCCAGCCCCGGGGCCCGGAGGCGGAGAGCCUGGAGGCCCCCUCCGUCCCGGGGAACCCCGCGCUCUACGCCAACGGGCUGGAGCUCCAGCCCUUCCCCGGCCUGGACGAUCGGACGGUUCUCGUGGGCCAGAGGCUGCCCGUCAUGGCGGAGGUCAGCGAGACGGCCUUGUAUUGCGGCAUCGCCACCCCGAACCACGAGGCGUCCAAGAAGUGGCACGGCUACCGGCUCCCUCCGAGCGACGAUCCGGAGUUCAGGCCUCCGGAGCUCCGGGGGGAGGGAUACGAGGACGCCAAGGCCGAGGUCAACGCGGACAGCACGGCCCUGAAAAGACUCUUAGCGCAGCCUAAUAAACGGUUUAAAAUCUGGGAGAACAAGCAGGCCCAGGUGCCACUGCUAAACUACCUUGAUCCGUUGCCUGUAAUCCAGCCGGCCGGGGAGGGCUUGGGCGAGCUCAGCGACCCUUACACUUUCGAAGACGGCGACAUAAAGUACAGCUUCACCGUCAACAAGAGAUGCAAACUUGGAACCGAGAAAGAUCCUCUGAAAAAGAGCAAGUCGGAGGACGGAUUUGGUACCAAGGAGUUCCCCGCCCCAGGUCAUUCCACGCCAGUGGCUGAUGGGAAAGACGCCAUGUCCAUUUUCAGUCCCGCUCCUAAAACAGAUGCCCGGCAGGACAACGCAGCCAGCAGAGCGGGCAGCGGGAGCCUCACCCAGGUGACGGACCUGGCCCCUUCCAUCAAUGACCUGGACAACAUCUUCGACAAUUCGGAUGACGACGAGCUCGGGGCCGUCUCGCCAGCUCUGCGGUCAUCCAAACUCCCUGCAGCGGGGACCGAAGCCCGAACCCUGGGGAAGGAAGGGCGAACAGCAGUGCCUUGCCCACCGACAGUGACAGAUCUGCAGAGGAUGUUCCCAACUCCUCCAUCUUUGGAACAGCACCCCGCCUUCUCCCCCGUGAUGAAUUAUAAAGACGGAAUUAGUUCGGAGGCAGCGUCGGCCUUAGGCGUGCUGGAGAGCCCCAUGGUCACCACGGUCCCCACCCAGCUCACCGACUUCAAAAUGGAAGUGGAAGAAGGAAUGGGCAGCCCCAAGCCGGAGGAGAUGAAGGACUUCUCUUACGUGCACAGAGCCACGACAUUCCAACCUCUGGUGAGCUCCUCCAUGUUCGCUCCGCUGAAGAUGCUCCCGAGCCAGUGCUUGCUGCCCCUGAAGAUCCCGGAGGCCUGCCUCUUCCGGCCUUCGUGGGCCAUCCCUCCGAAAAUCGAGCAGCUGCCCCUGCCGCCCACGGCCCCCUUCAUCAGAGACGGCUACAACAACGUGCCCAGCGUGGGCAGCCUGACGGACCCGGACUACCUGCAGAUCAACACGCCGGUCGCCCUCAACGGCGCCGCCCCGGCCAGCAACAGCGGGGCGGGCGUCCUGCCCUCGCCGGCCACGCCCCGCUUCUCCGUGCCCACCCCCCGCACGCCCCGCACCCCGCGGACCCCCCGGGGGGCCGGGGCGGCCAGCGGCCAGGGCUCGGUGAAGUACGACGGCCCGGACCAGGGCUCCCCGGCCUCGACGCCGUCCACCUCGCGCCCCCUGAGCUCGGUGGAGCCGGCCACGGGCCGGCCGGUCCCCGAGGCCCACAGCCUCUACGUCACCCUGCUCCUGUCCGACUCGACGCUCAACAUCUUCAAGGACCGCAACUUCGACAGCUGCUGCGUCUGCGCCUGCAACAUGAACGUCAAGGGGGCCGACGUGGGCCUCUACAUCCCCGACUCCUCCCACGAGGACCAGUACCGCUGCACCUGCGGGUUCAGCGCCAUCAUGAACCGCCAGCUGGGCUACAACUCGGGCCUCUUCAUCGAGGACGAGCUGGACAUCUUCGGGAGGACGUCCGACACCGGCCGGGCGGCCGAGCGCCGGCUGACCCUCUGCCGGACGGCCCCGCCGCCCCGGGACCCCCCGACGAGCCUCCUGCUGCUGCUGCAGACCCAGCACGCGCAGCCCUUCUCGGCCCUGGCCUGCCCGGACCCCGCCCCGGCCUCCUGCUCGCCCUCCCGCGCCGCCGCCCCCUGCGGGGCCUGGACGUACGACAGGGUGCGGGCGGACGACAACGACUCGUGGGUGGAGUGCUUCAACGCCCUGGAGCAGGGCCGCCAGUACGUGGACAACCCCACCGGCGGCAAGGUGGACGAGGCCCUGGUCCGGGCCGCCACCGUGCACUCCUGGCCCCACAGCAACGUGCUGGACAUCAGCGUCCUCUCCUCCCAAGACGUGGUGCGUAUGUUGCUGUCUUUGCAACCCUUUCUCCAGGACGCGAUCCAAAAAAAGCGGACGGGCCGGACGUGGGAGAAUAUCCAGCACGUGCAGGGUCCCCUCACAUGGCAGCAGUUCCACAAGAUGGCGGGGCGAGGCACUUACGGUUCCGAGGAGUCUCCCGAGCCUCUGCCCAUCCCCACCCUGCUGGUCGGCUACGACAAAGACUUCCUGACCAUCUCCCCGUUCUCGCUGCCGUUCUGGGAGAGGCUGCUGAUGGACCCGUACGGGGGCCACCGGGAUGUUGCCUAUAUCGUGGUGUGCCCGGAAAACGAGGCCUUGCUCGAAGGAGCCAAAACUUUCUUCAGGGACUUGAGUGCUGUCUAUGAGAUGUGUCGACUCGGCCAGCACAAGCCCAUCUGCAAAGUGCUGCAGGACGGGAUCAUGCGCGUCGGGGAGACGGAGUCCCAGAAGCUGACCGACGAACUCGUGAGCGAGUGGUUCUGCCAGUCUUGGGGCAGCGAGGAGAGCGACAAUCAUUCCAGACUCAAACUUUACGCGCAAGUCUGCCGCCAUCACCUAGCACCUUAUUUGGCCACCCUGCAACUGGACAGCAGCCUGCUGGUGCCGCCCAAGUACCAGGCCGCGGCGGCCCCGGCGGCCCCGGCGUCUCCCCACCCGGGCUGUGCCCCGCCGGCCCCCGCCCCGGGGAUCCCGCCCUCGGCCGGCUCCUUCCACGCCGGCACCAACGGAGGCGGAGGGGCCGCCAACCCGGCCUCCUCCGCUCCGCCGGCCUCCUCUUCCUCCACGCCAGCCGCCAACCCCUCGGCCCCCGCCACCUCCUCGGGCUUCGGCGGCGGCCCGGCGGGCGGCGCGGCGGAAAGGAACCCGGGCAACGGAGGGGAGCCCGAAUCGGGGCCCAGCUCCGCCCAGCAGCCGCAGCAGCAGGAGGGCCAAGAGAGUGCUCCCGAGAGGGACAAGAUCGGGAUCCCCACGGAGCCGGAGUCGGCGGACAGCCAGGCCUACCCCCCGGCCGUGGUCAUCUACAUGGUGGACCCCUUCACCUACACGGCCGAGGACGGCUCCGCCUCGGCCAACUUCUGGCUCUUGAGUCUGAUGCGCUGCUACACGGAGAUGCUCAACAACUUGCCCGAGAACAUGCGCAGCUCCUUCGUCCUCCAGAUCGUGCCUUGCCAGUACAUGCUGCAGGCGAUGAAGGGCGAGCAGGUUUUCUACAUCCAGCACUUGAAGUCCAUGGCGUUUUCGGUGUACUGCCAAUGCCGCCGACCCCUGCCCACGCAGAUUCACAUAAAGUCCCUCACGGGCUUCGGGCCGGCCGCCAGCGUCGAGAUGACCCUCAAGAACCCUGAGCGGCCCAGUCCGAUCCAGCUCUACUCGCCCCCCUUCAUCCUGGCCCCCAUCAAGGACAAACAGACGGAGCUGGGAGAGACGUUCGGAGAGGCCAGCCAGAAGUAUAACGUGCUCUUCGUCGGCUACUGCCUGUCCCAUGACCAGCGCUGGCUCCUCGCCUCGUGCACCGACCUCCACGGCGAACUCCUGGAGACUUGCAUUGUAAAUAUUGAUCUGCCGAACAGAUCCCGGAGAAGUAAAGUGUCCGCCCGCAAGAACGGACUGCAGAAGCUGUGGGAAUGGUGCACCGGGAUCGUGCAGAUGACCUCCUUGCCCUGGAGGGUUGUCAUCGGUCGUCUCGGAAGACUGGGCCACGGAGAGCUGAAAGAUUGGAGCACCCUCCUCGGAGAAUGCUCCCUGCAGACAAUCAGCAAACAGCUGAAGGAGGCAUGCCGGAUGUGCGGGGUCUCCUCGGCGGACUCCCCCUCCAUCCUCAGCGCCUGUCUGGUUGCCAUGGAGCCUCAGGGGUCCUUCGUCGUCAUGCCAGAUGCUGUGACCAUGGGCUCCGUGUUUGGCCGCAGCACCGCUCUGAACCUGCAGUCGUCCCAGCUCAACACCCCUCAAGACGCCUCCUGCACCCACAUCCUGGUGUUCCCCACCUCCUCCACGAUCCAGGUGGCGCCCGCCAACUACCCCAACGAGGACGGGUUCAGCCCCAACAACGAUGACAUGUUCGACCUCCCCUUCCCAGACGACAUGGACAACGACAUUGGAAUCUUAAUCACGGGGAACCUUCACUCGUCUCCCAACUCCUCCCCAGCCCCGUCCCCGGGCUCGCCGGGGAUCGGCAUGGGCCCGCACUUCCAGCACAGUCGGAGUCAAGGAGAGCGCCUGCUUUCUAGAGAAGCCCCGGAAGAACUGAAGCAGCAGCCCCUGGCCCUGGGCUAUUUCGUGUCGACCGCCAAAGCCGAGAAUCUCCCGCAGUGGUUCUGGUCAGCCUGCCCACAGGCCCAGAAUCAGUGUCCCCUGUUCCUGAAGGCCUCCCUGCAUCACCACAUCUCCGUGGCCCAGACGGACGACCUUCUGCCGGCCCGGAAUUCCCAGCGGGUUCCGCACCCUCUAGACUCCAAAACCACCUCUGACGUCCUGAGGUUUGUUUUGGAGCAGUACAAUGCACUGUCGUGGCUCACCUGUAACCCUGCCACUCAGGAUCGCUCCUCCUGCCUUCCCGUCCACUUCGUGGUGCUCACCCAGCUGUACAACGCCAUCAUGAAUAUACUCUAGUCGUCGGAAAAGCACUUGUCCUCCCCGGCUCGGUCCCCUCCCCCCGUGACACCCCUCUCCCCGCCACCACGGGGACACCCCUUUCCCGCUGAUCCAAGAAGCGCGUCGACUGCAA